AUGCCAUAUAAAAAAGUGCUUUUCCUUAUUGUCCUUGUUUUGGCAUUAAACAUACAAAAUGUAGAUAGUAUAAUAAUUAUUAGUCCUAUAUUAAAUUUUAUUGAUAAGAUUUUUGGAUUUUCACGAAUAUAUGGUGGAAUUCGAAACAUAUUUAGGUCAAAAAAAAAUGAUUCUUCAAACAAUUCACUCAACUUAAAAAGUUCUAAUAAAACUGAUGAUAAAAAUAUUAAAACUUCAGGACAAAAUGAAAGGAAACUAAGCGAUGAAUCCAACAAAGGUGGAAAAAAUGGGAAAGACGGUAAGGAUGAGCCUCCAAAACCUAUAGUAAUAGGACCAGAUCACGAGUUAUAUAAAGAAAUGCUAAGCCGUUAUAUCACAACUCAAGAAGAAAUAGAUAAUAAACUCAUAAAACGAGAAGAAGAAAAAAAAAAACAGGAAGAAAUAGAUAAAUUAUGGUAUAAUAAAAUAAAAAACUUUUUUUUUAAAAAAAAAGAAUUAAAAAUUCCAAAAACAUUAAUGGAAUAUAUAUCCGAUAAAAAUCAAAAAAUAGCAGAUUUAGAAGUAGAAGCAGAUGCUUACAAAUCACAAGCCAUAAAAUAUAAAGUCUUUUUUUUUGGAUCAACUAUAUUAUUAAUUAUGCUCAGUUCAAUUCCAUUCUUGCUAUAUAGUUUUGUAAACUAUGUAAAUGAUGGUGAUCUAACUAGCCGAUUUAAUAGAAUAUGGGAUCCUGAUUAUUCCAUUAUGAAAGAAAAAGAAAAAUAUUAUAAUAGUUUUGAUUAUAAGGUUCUUAAACGUAUUAAAAAUUAUCGAAGUUCUACCUAUCUUAAAAUGCUUGACCUUAACGUCUCACUAUCAGAAAUUGAUGGCAUUAUGUACCUUCAAUUAUCUUUCUAG